GGAUUUGGAUCCAUCAGGAAAUUUAUACUUAAUUGACAUAGGUCUAAUCCCUCUACUUAAAUUUUUUUAAGUUUGCUUUUAUUCUCUACUGAAGCAAAUAAAAGGAUAUAUGUUUAAAUUAUGUUGCGUUACAUUAAUAAAAUCCAGGAUCUGUAUUUUCCAAGAAUCAAUUUAUUUGAAUCAAACACCAAUUUUUCAGACUGUGCCACCACACUGGGUAGUUCCAACCAAAAUUAUCAGGCAUCCUAUUCCCUCAUAAAAAUGUCCGGUGGGAUAUGUAAUUUUAUCCUCAGAAUUCCAAGCUAAGUCACCCAAAAUGCUCGAUCAAGCCAACGCGACAGUCUGGUCCAAUUCUGUGGUAAAACUCAUAGCAAGAAAUAUGAAGUGAAACUCACCAUGGAGAACUCCACAUUCCCUCAUAGGAUCUUCUGAUUUCCUCUUUCCCUUUAUCUAUCUGGCGAGCAAACAUUUCUUCACAGAAAACAGCUUUCUCUAUACAAAAGCAGCAAUUACAUACUUCCAAAAAUUUUGUGGAACUUGACCCAAGGUUGACUGAUGAAAUUCCUGAAGUUUUCAGCACUUUGCAUACAAUCACAAAUACAGAAGAGACUUCCAAAAAUGGCUUUCUAAUAAGUGAAAUAGUAUAUCUCCAUUUAAAUCUGCAAUUCGCUCACCAGAGCAGUGAGUGGCUAACAUUUUUUUCAUGCUUCAUAUAUAGUCAGCACUAUUCUAGGCACUCAUCUCAGCCUCUCAACACUGAGGUAUGUACUAUUAUUAAACCCAUUAUACAGAUGCGGAAAAUGAGGCACAGAGCUACUAAAUCAUUUGUCUAUUAUCUACUACCCAGUAAUUGGUGAAUCUGGAAUUCUAACUCCCCAAAAUUUGGGUCUUAUAGCCCUUAACUCUUAGACAAUACAUCCUUUUAUCUCUCAGAGAUUGAAAGACCAAAAGACUAAGAUACAUGUCUACAGAAAUAAUCAGGUCAUACCUAAUGAACACACAUCUCUGAAAAAAGCAGGCUACGAGGAUGCAGAUGAUGACGCUGUCUGAUUUUAGAGUCAACUCUUAUUCUCCUACAAUUUGGGGCUAUUUUCUUUACAUUUCUCCCUAUUAUUAUAUACAAAAGGCACUAAAAAUUCCAUUGAACAUGUAAAGAAGAUAAACUGCAGGAAAGUUAUUAUAUGAGAAAAUAUAAAAACAACUGCAACUAAACUGACUUACUCAAACCAGAGUAGAUUAACAGUACAUAAGUUUAAAAUGAAAGAACUUCCUUAUUAGAAAAUCCCCCAAAGGUUUGCAUAUGAAGAGGUUCUAAGGGAUCACACUGCACACGUGAAAAUGAGGAAGGAAACUGGGUAUAAAAAAGCAGAACGACAUUUGCUUCACAUGCCCUUCAUGGGCUGAACUAAUGACUGCCUCGAUCGGAAGACACUGAGCUGAGUAUCCUCCCAAACAAAGCUGACAUUGGAAACCAUGAACGACACAGUGAUGAAGGGCUUCAACGGGUCUGAGAGGUGCCCCAGGGACAUGCAGGCAGCACACCUGGUGUUCCCAGCCAUCUACACUGUCGUUUUCUUCAUGGGCAUCCUGCUGAACACUUUGGCCCUGUGGGUGUUCAUUCACAUCCCCAGCUCCUCCACCUUCAUUGUUUACCUCAAAAAUACUUUGGUGGCCGACUUGAUAAUGACGCUCAUGCUUCCGUUUAAAAUCCUCUCAGACGCGCGCCUCGGACCCUGGCAGCUCAGAGCCUUUGUGUGUCGUUUCUCUGCUGUCGUCUUUUAUGAGACCAUGUAUGUGGGCAUCACACUGCUGGGGCUCAUAGCCUUUGACAGGUUCCUCAAGAUCAUCAGACCUUUUGGAAAAUUUUUUGUACAAAAACCUGCUUUUGCAAAAGUGGUCUCAACCCUCAUCUGGCUCUUUUUGUUCUUCCUCUCCCUGCCAAAUAUGAUCUUAAGCAACAAGGAAGCAACACCGUCGUCUGUGAAAAAGUGUGCCUCCUUAAAGGGUCCUCUUGGGCUGAAAUGGCAUGAAGUGGUGAAUUACAUUUCCCAGUUCAUUUUCUGGACUGUUUUUGUCCUAAUGCUUCUAUUCUAUAUGGUGAUUGCAAAAAAGGUAUACAAUUCUUAUAGGAAGUCCAAGAGUAAGGGCAGCAAAAACAGCAAAAGGCUAGAAGGUAAAGUAUUUGUUGUCGUGGCUGUCUUCUUUGUGUGUUUUGCUCCAUUUCAUUUCGCCAGAGUCCCAUAUACUCACAGUCAAACCAACAGUAAGACUGACUGUCGAUUGCAAAAUCAACUGUUUCUAGCUAAAGAAACAACCCUUCUUUUGGCAGCAACUAACAUUUGCAUGGAUCCCUUAAUAUAUAUAUUCUUAUGUAAAAAAUUCACAGAGAGGCUACCAUGUAUGAAAGGGAGAAAGACUGCAGCAUCCACCCAGGAAAAUCAUAUGAGUCAGUCAGAUAAUAUAACCCUAAGCUGAUAACUUUAUCACGGUUAACGAUUGACUGACAAGACUUCAAAAGACAAUUCACUUGGAAAUCAAAUGUAAGCAGUGAAAGAAAAGAUGGCUUCGAGCAAAUGCUUUCUUACAUUUUACUAUCCUCGCGUACAGAAAGGAUUAUAUAAAUUUUAAUUCCACGUAGAUCUAUUCAUAAGCUGAAUGAAGUAUCCGUAAGAGAAUGCAACAGGAAGCAAACAGCCACUAGAAGUCACCUUCUCAAGAGCGUUCACUUACACUUUGGAAAAGAUUUAUCGUGGGGAAAUGUAUAUUCCUAAAAAUACAUAUUUUCUAAUUAUAAAAACAUAUUCCUCCACUCUAAAACACCUCCUCACAUUCUUCUGCACAGGCAAUUCAAACAACACUACUGCUUUUGUAUCCCACCUGCUGAUUUAAAAAGAAAAAAACCCAAAAAACCCACCUUGCGAGUCCUUUGGUGAAAACUUAGGCUAGAGGUUGAAAGGGAUGCUAGAUGUAAAGCGUCUGGGGAAUAGGUCAGAAAGCCCAGAUACCUGAUGAAGGCGCUUCUCCUUACAGUUACAGCCUCUUUCCCAGUAUGCAGCUACACCAUAGGAGGCACAAGCAGCAUUAUUAAGCCACAUAAAACAUUGUACUGUAAUACUUCGCUUACAUCCUGAGUGUGUACAAAUUCAAGGGCAAGAACACUGUAUUCUUAUUCUUUGGAAUCCCCCCUCUGCCCAGCAAAUACUCUAACGGUGGUUGAAUAUUCCACCUACUCAGCAAAGCCUUCCUGGGCCAGCACCUCCAUGCUCCUUCCUCAUGUCUCUGGUUGAAAAUAAUUACCUCUCCCACUGUUUGGGUAUGUGUUAGGGCUCUCAAUGCUGAGUUCCUUUUACUAGCUUGCUGUAUUCUUUUUUUUUUAGAAGUUGUUUUUUAAUAGAUUUAU